AUGGACAUUAGUAAUAUGGCUCCUCGAGGAAUGGUGGUCACGCCGCACCAUUUAGCUACUCAAAGUGCUAUGAAGAUACUAAGAGACGGUGGCACGGCUAUGGAAGCUACAGUCGCUGCUGCAGCUACAAUUGCAGUUGUCUACCCUCACAUGAAUAGUAUCGGCGGAGAUGGUUUCUGGCUCAUAGUUCCCCCGCGCGGUGAUCCAGUUGUAAUUGAAGCUUGCGGUGCAGCGGGUAGCUUGGCUGAUUUAGAUUUCUUUGCUGAUUGUACUGAGAUACCGACUAGUGGACCCCGAUCAGCUAUUACUGUCGCUGGUACAGUCGGUGGCUGGGAAGAAGCCUUGAAAUAUGUUUCUGAAUGUGGUUAUCAAAGAAUGUCUGUUUCCAAGUUAUUAGAGGAUGCAAUUACUUACGCAGAAUACGGAUUUCCGGUGUCGUCAUCUCACGAAGAUAAUUUGAGGGAAUUCCACAACAACGUGUCACCAUCUAAAGAUUUCGUAAGCACUUAUUUACCGAAUGGUAGAGUUCCGAAAGUUGGUGAAAGAUUUUGCCAAAAAAAUCUUGCGAAAACUUUAAGAGAACUAGCUGAAAAUGGACUAAAUAGUUUCUAUAAAGGUAACUUAGCUAGAUUAAUCGCCGAAGAUAUGUUAAUCCUUGGUAUGCCAAUAACAGAAACUGAUUUAUCAAAUUACACGCCAAUCAGACGAACUCCUCUGAGAUUAAUACAUGAACACGGCGAGAUAUUUAACAUUCCCCCACCAUCUCAAGGUUUAGUUUCACUCUCUAUUUUAGCAAUCUUAGAUAGGUUACGUAUAAACGGUGAGAAAGAAGAAGAAUUUAUCCAUGCCGUAGUCGAAGCAACAAAACAAGCGUUUGAGCUACGUGAUCGGUAUAUAACUGAUCCAUCUUACAUGAAAGUGGACGCACAAUCAUUGUUAGAUGAUCAUGUAAUUAGUGAAAUGGCAGAUAAAAUUAACCUUGACAGAGCAUCUAUGGUCGCUAAUGGAAAAGGUCCAGGAGACACAAUUUGGUUGGGUGUUAUGGACGAGAAGGGAUUCUCCGUUUCGUUUAUUCAAAGCAUUUACCAUAACUGUGGCAGCGGAGUGGUUUUACCCAAAACCGGUAUAUUAUGGCAUAAUCGGGGUAUAAGUUUUAAUUUGCAAAAGGUCCAUAUUCUAUCGUUAAGGCCGGGCAAGAAACCAUUCCAUACCUUGAACCCUGCAGCGGCUCGUCUAAAUGACGGCCGGGUUAUGGUGUAUGGAACUAGAGGUGGAGAUGGUCAGCCUCAAACUCAAGCAGCUAUCUUUCACAGGUACGUUAUACAAGGUCUAAACUUGCAAAGAUCUAUUUCGGCUCCUAGGUGGGUAUAUGGAAGGACAACUGGAAUACGAAAUGAUAUUUUGCAUUUAGAAGACAGAUUUAGCAAAGAAAUCAUAAAUUAUUUAAAAGAAAGAGGCCAUGAGAUUUUUAUAUUGUCUCCAUAUAGUGAGACUGUUGGGCAAGCUGGUGCAUUGGUACGACAUUGUAACGGUAUGCUUGAAGGUGCUUUCGAUCCUCGUGGUAAUGGAAGCGCCGCAGGGUUUUAA